AUGAAGUGUCACUACGAAGUAUUGAGCGUGACGAAGGAGGCGAGCGGAUCUGAAAUCAAAAAGGCCUAUCGCAAACUCGCCCUGCAGUGGCACCCUGACAAAAACCUAGACAAUCUUCAAGAAGCUAAAGAACAGUUUCAACUUGUACAGAAUGCUUACGAAGUGCUCUCCGACCCUCAAGAAAGAGCCUGGUAUGACAAUCACCGCGAACAACUUUUACGUGGCGCAGGCAGUUCCUAUAAUGAUGAUAGUCUUGAUGUUUACCCUUACUUUAGUCCGUCCUGCUACAAAGGUUUUGGUGAUGAUCCUCAAGGAUUUUAUGGUGUUUAUGCAGAGGUUUUCUCUAAAUUGGCCUCUGAAGAGGCAGACUUUUUGGAGGAUCCCGAAGAAGUCUCUAAGAUUCCAAAAUUUGGUGUAUCCACAUCACCCUAUGAAGAUGUAAAUGAAUUCUAUGCGUUUUGGAUGUCUUUCUCCACUAAUAAGAGUUAUGUGUGGUUAGAUCAAUAUGAAAUAUCCCAAGGUGAUAACCGCAGAGUUAUCAAACUGAUGGAAAAAGAGAAUAAUAAGAUACGGCAGAAAGCCCGCAAGGAAAGGAAUGAAGAAAUUAGACGACUCGUUAGUUUUGUACGUCGCAAGGAUAAACGAGUUAUUGAACAUAACAAACAGCUUCAAGAAAAAGCUGAGGAAAAUAAAAAGAAGGCAGAACAACUCAGACGGAAAAGAAUAAUUGAAAGACAGAAAGAAAUAGAAGAAGCUAAGAAGAAAGAAGGGGAAUCUUCUUUCUUACAAAGCGAAGACUAUCAAAAGAAAUUGAGCGAAAUUGAAUCUUUGUUGGCUGAGGAAUUUGGUUUAUCAUCCGACGAUGAUACUAUUAGCGAAGGGGGUAUGGAAAGUAGUAAUGAAGAAAGUUCCAAGACUGAGGAGAUUGUCGAAAGCUAUAAAAAGCUACUCAAAAACUUAUAUUGCUCAGCAUGUAAUAAGAUAUUUAAAAAUGUUAAUUCGUUUGAAAAUCACGAGAAUAGUCGGAAACAUAAGGAAAAUGUUGCAAGUAUGACAUUAGAAGAUGAUAUUGCUAUAUCCGAAGAAGGUAAUGACGUUGAAGGUGAAACUGAGGUAACUAAAAUCAACGGGGAUGCCGAUGAAGGUCUGAAUGUAGCAAACUCUACAUCAGAUACUGAAGAUAAUGAUAUUCGGGAGACGCUUAGCGAUGAUUCGGAUAAAAUACAGGCAUUACCUAAAAGUCAGAAGAAAAAGAAAAACAAGAAGAAGUCAUUCAUACCGAUGCCAGAAAGCGAAGGCAAUGAUAGUCAUGAUGAAAUGAGCUUUAAUGAGAUCGAAGGACCAGUGAGGAGCCGAAAGGCUAAGAAAUUUAAUAUGCUGAAAAGUCAGAUACAGGCUAAAAAGGAGGCUAAUCUCAAAAAAGGUUCUCAAUCCCAGACUUCAACUGAGAACUUAUAUGAAGUGUCAAGUACUACACCCACCGAUGACGCAUUGGCAGAUUCAGCCUUACCAAGAGAUAGACCGGCAUUACCAAAAACUCAAAGGAAUAUAAAAGGUAAAAAAUUAUUUGAACGGAAGCCGUUGAGACCGAAAGCUAGUGAGACAGAAGAUUCUAGCAGCGCCGUUAACCUCAGAUGUCUGAUUUGUCAGACAGAUUUCCCAUCGAAAAAUAAAUUAUUCGAACAUUUGAAGAAAACUGGCCACUCGGUCGCAUUACCCCAAACUAGUUACACUCAAAAAAAGGGUAAGAAAGGUAGGUAA